AUAUUAUAUUAUUAAUUAUGAAAUCAAUCGCUGUAUUAAUUUAAAAAUAUUUUAAAAUUAUAUUAAGAUUUUGUUAGAUUUUUUCCAACAUAUUUUGUUCUAAGUAAAAAUAAAAUUUAAAUUUACAGUUAAAAUUUAUUUAUUAAUAUCUAUAUAAUUUAUAAGAUUUUUCAGAAAUGUUAUAUAGUAUUAAAUAGAUUACCUUAAUUAAUCAAAUAAAUGUAAUUGAUGAAAUAGACUUAGUAUGAUUUUUUAUGGUAUUUCUUUUAGUAAAGAACAUAUAGAAUAUAAUUAUAAAAUUUGAAAAAUAUUAUACACUUUUUUUUAUUUUGUUUUAUAGUAAAAUCUUAUUUAAAUUAAUGUAUAAUAGUAAUAUUAUUAAUUACAAAAUUAAUCAAUGGUAUUAAUUUAAAUAAAGUAUUUUAAAAUUUUAGAAAGAUUUUGUUAGAUUUUUUCUCAACAUUUUGUUAUAACUAAAAAUAAAAUUUAAAUUUACAGUUAAAAUUGAUUUAUUAUUAAUAUAUUUAUAUAUUUAAUAGAUUAAUGUAAAUAAUUAAAUAAAUGUAAUUAAUGAAAUGGACCUAAUAAGGUUAAUAUGACUUUUUUAUGGUAAAUAAAAACGAUAAUUCUCUUUUAAUAGAGAAGAUGUUACAUGUGGUUUCAAGCAAGUGAGGAUUAAGACUUCGGCGUGAAUCUCCUGUUAAUUCAAAAAGAAAAUUAAAAGGGUAAAUAACAAUUAAAUUUAUGAAAAAAUUUAAAACAACUAUUUUAAAAUAUUUUAAAUAUAAUAUUUUAAGAUGAGUAUCUUAAUAUUAUGAAAUAAUAAUAAUUUAAAUAAUUAUCAUUUAUAUUUGGGUUAUAUACUCUAAGUUAACACUACAAGAAACAGAGCUGUACUCCGACAAAACUUUCCCAGAAUAUCCUGAGCAAUUAAGUGUUAUAAUUUUAAGUAAGGAAACUUAGAGUAUAUAACCCAAACGUAUAAUUAUAACAAACAUAUAAUUAAAGUGUAAAGGAAAAAGAAUUCUUUUGAAGUAUAUGGAGACAGAGAAUAUAUAUAUAUAUAUAUUAUUUGAAAACAAACAUAUAAUUAAAGUAUGUUACAAAAAAACAUAUAAUUAAAGUGUAAAGGAAAAAUAAACAUAUAAUCAAAGUGGAAAAGUUUUCUUUUAAUUCAAAAAUAUUUUAAGUGAUAGUGUAAAAAGGAAUAAUGUACAUAUUAGUUUGAACUUAUUUAAUAUUCUCUCCAUUUUUUAAUAUAAGUCGUUUUAGAAUUGUGCACACAAAUUAAGAAAAUCAUUAAUUUCUUAUAUUUUCUAAACAAAAGCAUCAUUAGUUAUUUAACUAACCACAAAUUAAUCAAUAAUAAAAUAUAAGGUACUUUAUCAUUGGUCAUAUAACAUUAACUGUUAAUAAAUUUUACAUAUAAAACCGAAAACAUCAUAUAAUUUGGAAUAUAAAAAAAAAUUUAAAAUGACUUAUAUUAAAAAAAUGAAGGGAGUAUGAAAAAUUGCUCGGGAAACUUACUUAAGAUUAUAACACUUGCUUUCAUCAUCACUUCUUAAAGUCAUUGUUCUUCUCUCUCUCUCUCCUUCCAUCCCAUUUCCUUUUCUCACAAGUCACGUUUUCCUACACACAAACGAGUUUUUACAUCACUAAAGUAGUUAUGAAUCGUUUUCUUUUUUUCUACUAAUAAUAUUUUGGACAAUUUUAUAUAUAUAAGAAAAUGUUAUAAGCUACAGAUUUUCAAAAAUAUAAGCUCACUUUAAUCGUAUAAGUGUCAUAUUUUGAGUGUAAAUACAGUAUGUAAUUAUUCAAAAAAAAACAAUAUGUAUACUACAUCACUGCCUAUUAGAUGAUCAAUUUCGAAACGAACGUCGAGUGAUCAUCAUAUAUGUCCACACCAAAAAUGUCGGUUACAUUUUUGUGUCACUGUAUUCGUAUGUCCUGAGUAUUAUUUUAAUGUCGGUCACAAUAUGUGAUUAAUACCAUUAGACCAACACAAAAAACUACUACGUCUGUCAAACAAUCAACUUUGUAAAGAUAAGCUCACGUUUUCAUAAAAGUCGCAUGAAUCUUACACAUCCCAAGGAGAAAUGUCAAACGAAUAGUUUGUUAUUGCAUCACGGAAGUAUCUUUUUGGUAUCUCUUUUACUUAAAGAAGUACUAUAAUUUUUGGUCAAAAAAAAAACAAGUAAUAUAAUUGCAUACUAGUUUCAAUUUGUUAUUGCCCAUUAAUCAUUUCAAAGUAUAUACCUCAAAUUCCCAAUAUAUUAAAAGAACAAUACUUGCGUUCAUCUAUGUGUGGUAAACGCUCGUAUUCAUCUUAUAUCUUAUUACCAAUCAAAAUAUCAUGUAAGAUUAGUAAAAAUACAUAUUUAAAAAAAAUUCAAAAUAGCUGGAAAAACCGACGUUGACGUUAACAAUAUUAAUGCAUCAGCUAAACUCUAAAUUCUAAACUCUAAAUUCUGAACACUAAACCCCAAAAUUUUUUUUAGCAAAAAAAAAAAAACCCCAAAAUUUUAAAUUCAAAAACUCUAUAAAUAGUAACGAUGUCGGCGUUAACGCUAAUUUCAAAAUUUAAAUUUAGAGUUUAAGAUUUAGGAUUCUGUAGACAAUGUUAACGUCGGUCGGUGUAUUUCUUUUUCUUCUAUUUAUUUUGUUUUAUUUUAAAGGUUUUAAUAUAAUUUUUAUUAAUUCUAUAUGGUGUUUUAAUUGGUAAUAAAAAGUGAAGUGAAUUUGAGAAUUUACGUGAACCCAAAUAUUAUUUACUAGGUGUUUUAUCCGCAUAUGCGGGCAUAAUCAUUUUAUUAAUGGUUAUUAAUAUAUGUAUUAUGAUUUAAACAUCAUGAUAACUUAUUCUUAAUUAUUUUAGUUUUUUUCAAUUUUUAUUUCAGUCUACGUCCUCCUAACACAAAAAACUAUAAAAGUAUGAGACUAUAAGAGCAUAAUUAGAUAUCAAAUAUUUUACACAAUCAAGUAAAUUAAGAAAGUAAAUUUUUGGUCUCUCUUAAUCUACUUUGUAUUUUUUGAAUCAGAAACAUGUAUUAAAUUACCAAAAAAAAAACACUAAAACACACAAAAUUCAAGCAAGAACAAAUAAAUAAAAAGUAAAUAAAAAUUAAUGUUCGAUGAUAAUUUAGAAGAAUUUUUUUUAAAAAAAAACGAAUUGAGAAAAUGACAAUAUUUCAUUGGUUUACUUGAUCAAUAUACACAUUGAUUUAUCUUAAUAUUUCAUAAGUUUACUUUUAAUAAAAGAAAAAAUAGAUAAUGAUAGUUUUAUUAUUAAAGUUAAAUUGUGGUUUAUUAUAUAAUGAUAAAUCUAAUUAUAAAUUAAAAAUAUAUCUAGUUUAGCCAUUUCAUAACAUGAUUACAUAUGCAAUUCUCUAAACUUAAUAUCAAAGCAUAUUUUUCUUAUAGAUUAAACAAUAAUUAAACAUACACAGAAAAUAACUACAUAACUAAUUCAGAAUACUUAAUUCAUAAUUCCAAACUCCAUGUAACAAAACCGACUUGCUCCUAGUCUUUCAAAAAAGAAAAAAAAAUAGAACUCCAACUAAAAACAAAUAUCAAAAGUACAUAAAUAUAUAUGUCAAAACUAUAAUCGAGACAAUUUAGAAUGAAUGAGAAAAAUAAAAUUAUAGAAUUUUAAAACAUCUUACAUCAUAUGAAAAUAAGAAUUGGUCCUAACUUGUGUAAAAUAAUUAUAAUUGUAAUUCCAGUUUGAAAAUUUGAAAUAGUUUUAUAUUAGUUAAAUUAAUAAAUUAAUGAUUUAUGCUAAAAACUAAAAAAAAAUUCGUGAAAGUUAAAAUAAUUAUAAUCAUAUUCCAAUUAGAAAUUUUGAAAUAUUUAUAAUAUUAAAAUUAAUGAAUUAAUUAGAAAGUUUGAAAUAUUUAAUUUAGCUAAAAUUAUGGAGAAUGUGACAAAUCAGCAGAAGUAAAAUAUUACAAUCAAGGUUUUUCUUUUUUUUUUUGUCAGCCAAGGGUAUUAGAGAAGAAAUAUAACGAUAUAAGCAGCGGAACAAUAUAUAAUGUCGACCAGUUUUCCAUCUCCGAGGAACAAACGAUAAUCCACAGCAAAUCUCAGCCUUUCAUUUUUUUUGUCUGUAAUCUCCGCCUUUCGAGCUAACAGUGUGUUCUGAUAUCUUUUCAGUGUUCACACUAUAAUAUUUUUUUGGAAAUGUCGAAAGAUAGUACGUACUUAUGUCGAUAUCCAGUCAUCGUCAUUAGAGAAUCUUGGUAAUAUUUAAAUUUAUUGUAUACUGUAUUAUUUCUGUUUCUGGUCAACGAGAGAGAGUUUAGAAAUUAUGGAGACCAAAACCAAUUAAAACUGAAAGAACUCAAUUUUCUGAAAAUAACGUUUCCGUUAAUUUCAUCCUCAAAUUUAUUUACCAUUUAUACUACUCGAUAAUAUGAUGUUCUAAAAAGAUAGUACUGUAUUAUGAACCAAUAUAUAUAUUCAAAAUAAUUAAUAUAAGAAAACUUCACAUAUACACUCAAGUAUAUUUUCUUAUACUAGUUUAUAACUUUAUACUAUUUUCAUACAACUAUAUUAUAAAUCAACAAGUGCCUAAUGAACUAACAAAAAGAAAGCCUAUAGAUAAGGUCUGAAAAUCACAAAUUCGAAUUUGUUGUCUUUGUGGUCAAAAAACAUAUGACCCAAAGACUGGACUUAAAAUUUAAUCUCAUUAUCAUGAAGAAAAAACUAAAGUUAUCAAGUAUCAACAUCCCACCGGUCGACCAUUUUGACUAUUACUAUUACAAAAGAAUGAAAGAACCCUACAAAUAAUGGCAGCCAUGUGCAGACAAACUGGAUUUCAUGUAAUAGUCAAAAUCAAAGUGAUGUGUUAGAUAGUCCUCACGAAAACGAAUAUUAAUAAAUAAUCCAUAGUAUGACAAUUAAAUAUCAUUUAACUCAAAGCUUUAUUAUCUUGAUCAAUACUCCACAACCUACCUCUGACAUCUUUGUAUUCAAUCACGGGCGUGGCCUAAAAAAACCCUUAUUACCACGAACUUUUAUUUGUCUCUUCACAUCUCAAAAUUGAGCAAGACUAAACCGGAAAUAACCGGAAGCCACCAUGUUCAUCAAGCUCAUCUUGUUCUUCCUUCUCUCUCAAACACUAAGAUCUUCUUCUCAGAUCCUCAGCUACAAUGGUUUCAACCCUCCGACAGACAUCUCCCUCCAAGGCCUCGCAACAGUCACACCCAACGGUCUCCUGAAGCUAACCAACACCACAGUUCAAAAAACCGGCCACGCCUUCUACACAAAACCGAUCCGGUUCAAAGACUCACCAAACGCCACCGUCUCUUCCUUCUCCACAACCUUCGUCUUCGCCAUAUACUCCCAGAUCCCGACUCUAAGCGGCCACGGGAUCGCCUUCGUCAUCUCUCCAUCCCCUGCUCUCCCUUCUGCGCUUCCUAGUCAAUACAUCGGUCUCUUCAACAACUCGAACAACGGCAACGACACGAACCACGUCUUCGCAGUGGAGUUCGACACGAUCCAGAGCAACGAGUUCGGAGAUCCGAACGAUAACCACGUCGGCAUCGACAUCAACGGUUUGCGAUCGGUUAAGUACUCAACCGCUGGAUACUGGAACGAGAAUAACAAGUUUCAGAAUCUGAACUUGAUUAGUCGCAAACUGAUGCAAGUUUGGAUUAAUUACGACAAACUCAGUAAUAAAAUCGAUGUCACGAUGUCUCCGUACGGUUCCGACAAGCCUAGCAAACCGCUCAUUACUUACGUAACAGAUCUUUCUUCCGUUCUUCUCCAAGACAUGUACGUAGGCUUCGCCUCCGCAACCGGCUCCGUCAUCUCGGAGCAUUACGUAGCCGGUUGGAGUUUCCGGUUAAACGGAGAAGCACCGUCGCUGACGUCAUCGAACCUCCCGAAGCUUCCUCGCUUCGAGCCGAGGCGAAUCUCUGACUUCUACAAGAUCGGCAUGCCGCUGAUCUCCCUCUUCCUGAUCUUCUCCGUGAUCUCCCUCGCCUUCUACGUCGCGAGGAGGAGGAAGAAGUUCGAGGAAGAGCUCGACGACUGGGAAACAGAGUUCGGCAAGAACCGGUUCCGGUUCAAGGAGCUUUACCACGCGACCAAAGGGUUCAAGGAGAAGGACCUCCUCGGCUCGGGAGGGUUCGGGAGGGUUUACAGAGGGAUACUACCGACGACGAAGAUCGAAGUCGCUGUGAAGAGAGUCUCACACGAUUCUAAACAAGGUAUGAAAGAGUUCGUGGCGGAGAUUGUGAGUAUCGGUCGGAUGAGUCAUCGGAACUUGGUGCCUCUGUUGGGGUACUGUCGUAGGAGAGGAGAGCUUCUUCUUGUUUAUGACUACAUGCCUAACGGAAGUUUAGAUAAGUAUCUAUACAAUAAUCCCGAGAGGACUUUAGAUUGGAAGCAGAGGUCUAAGAUCGUCAAAGGAGUUGCGUCUGGUUUGUUUUAUCUCCACGAGGAGUGGGAGCAGGUUGUGAUUCACCGUGACGUGAAGGCUAGUAAUGUUUUGUUGGACGCUGACUUCAACGGUAGGCUCGGGGAUUUCGGGUUAGCCCGGUUGUAUGAUCACGGGUCGGAUCCUCAGACAACUCAUGUUGUUGGUACGUUGGGUUACUUAGCACCUGAACAUUCUAGAACAGGACGUGCUACUACCGCGACCGAUGUAUAUGCGUUUGGUGCGUUUCUUCUAGAAGUUGUUUCUGGUAGAAGACCUAUUGAGCUACAUAGCGAAAGCGAUGAUACGUUCUUGCUUGUGGAGUGGGUUUUCGGUUUGUGGCUAAGAGGGAACAUAAUGGAAGCGAAAGAUCCGAAUCUUGGGUGCGAUGGUUACGAUCUUGAAGAGGUUGAAAUGGUUUUGAAGCUUGGGUUAUUGUGUUCGCACUCGGAUCCUCGGGCUAGACCGAGUAUGAGGCUGGUGUUACAGUAUCUGAGAGGAGAUAUGUCAUUGCCGGAACUAACGCCGUUGGAUUUGUCGGCAGGGAAUGGGAUGAACUUGGGAGGGAGAGAGGGGUUUAGCGGUAUUGCCAUGUCGUAUUCUUCCUCAGUGUUUAAUGGGUUUACCGGUGUGUCUUCCAUCGCUGAUUCUCUACUCUCUGGUGGGAGGUGAUUGAUGAUGUUACAACAUUAGUAACGUAUGAUUAUGUAUAUACAGUUUUGCCUUUGUAUGGAGAUGUAAGAUUUUCUUACAAAAAAUUUAUUAAAUAUGAUUAUGAUUGUGAUAAAUUGAUGAGAGUUUAGGAAUUGGAAGAAAUGUUAUCGACU